CCCGCCGGCUGCAGCCUGACACACCGCGCGGCCCCCCAGUCUCCCCGGCCCCCUCCCCCAGGCAUGACCCAGGGCCUCGCCUCACUAUGGCAGCAGCACGGCACAGCACCCUUGACUUCAUGCUCGGCACCAAAGCUGAUGGUGAGACCAUUCUGAAAGACCUCCAGUCCAUUUUCCAGGAGCAGGGGAUGAUGAGGUUGGUGCACACCUGGCAGGACCAUGGCUAUUUAGCGACCUACGUAAACAAAAACGGCAGCUUUGCCAAUUUGAGAAUUUACCCGCAUGGAUUGGUGUUGCUGGACCUUCAGAGUUACGACAGUGAUGCGCAAGGCAAAGAAGUUGACAGUCUUUUGAACAAAGUAGAAGAACGAAUGAAAGAAUUGAGUCAGGACAGUACUGAGCGGGUGAAGCGAUUACCACCCAUAGUUCGAGGAGGGGCCAUUGACAGAUACUGGCCCACUGCAGAUGGCCGCCUGGUUGAGUACGACAUAGAUGAAGUGGUGUAUGAUGAAGACUCACUUUACCAGAACAUUAAAAUUUUACACUCAAAACAAUUUGGAAAUAUUCUCAUCCUCAGUGGGGAUGUUAAUUUGGUGGAAAGUGAUCUGGCGUAUACCCGGGCCAUCAUGAGCAGCGGCAAAGAAGAUUACACUGGCAAAGAUGUACUGAUUCUAGGAGGCGGAGAUGGGGGCAUAUUAUGUGAAAUAGUCAAACUGAAACCAAAAAUGGUCACUAUGGUAGAGAUUGACCAAAUGGUGAUUGACGCAUGUAAGAAAUACAUGGGAAAAACAUGUGGUGAUGUCCUAGACAAUCUUAAAGGGGACUGCGAUCAGGUUCUCAAGACUGUAUCAGAAGACUGUAUUCCAGUACUGAAGAGGUACACCAAAGAAGGGAGAGAGUUUGAUUAUGUGAUUAAUGAUUUGACAGCUGUUCCAAGCUCCACAUCUCCGAAAGAAGAUUCCACAUGGGAGUUUCUCAGACUGAUUCUUGACCUCUCAAUGAAAGUAUUGAAACAGGAUGGGAAAUAUUUUACACAGGGGAACUGUGUCAAUUUGACUGAAGCCCUGUCACUCUAUGAAGAACAGCUGGGGCACCUGUAUUGUCCUGUGGAAUUCUUGAAGGAGAUCGUCUGUGUCCCUUCAUACUUGGAAUUGUGGACACUGUUUGGAAGAAAGCUAACCUUGAAAAUCAAUUUCCCCUAAUCAUG